AUGACAGGUUCUGCGUAUUCAGACAAUGCAGUUUCAGAAUCGUAUAUACGGUACUCUACUGUAAAAGAGUAUUUCCUGCAGGACGACGAGAGCACCGAUCCAAAGAAAUUCGACUAUGUAUCUUCUAAUUUCGGCCUUAUCAAUCGCACAUACGAUGACGUCGAUACUGAGACGGAGACUGAGAGUACUACAAAGAAGACUCAGUGGGAACGCUUCGAGGUCCAGGUGCGAGCGAUGAAUGCGCAGGCUGGUCCGGAUGUGCAGUACAAAGUGCUGUAUAUGGGGAGGCAUGGAGAAGGGUUUCACAAUGUUGCUGAAUCCUGGUAUGGGACGGAUGCUUGGGAUUGCUACUGGUCUCUUCUCGACGGCAACGAGACCUCAUCCUGGGACGACGCACGCUUGACAGAGGUCGGCAGAUCGCAGGCCCAGACUGCGCACAAUGCAUGGCGCAAGCAGAUUGAAAACAAAAUCCCUUUUCCAGAGUCGUUCUAUGUUAGUCCGUUGAACCGGUGUCUGCAGACAGCGUUUAUCACGUUUGACGGGUUGGACAAGGAUAUUGUCAGGCCAUUUAGACCGGUGGUCAAAGAGAUGGUCCGAGAAACCCUCGGGAUACACACCUGCGACCGCCGCUCCACCAAAUCCGCCAUUGCUUCCGAAUACCCCCAAUACAUCAUCGAGCCAGGCUUUGCCGAAACCGAUCCCCUCUGGGAUGCAGAGCUGCGAGAGUCCGACAGCGCUCGUGACACGCGCCUCAAGCGGUUCCUCGACGACGUGUUUGCGCACGAUGACAACCAGUUUGUCUCGUUUACCGCGCAUUCGGGCGCUAUCACGUCCGUGCUGGAGGUUGUUGGUCAUCGUCGGUUUGGGCUGCAGACGGGAGGGGUUAUUCCAGUUCUUGUUAAGGCAGAGAAAGUUGUCGGGAGGGAGCCUCAGAGGGAGAUUGAGCCGCCUACGAGGGCUCCCAAGUGUAAAGAGGAUCCGAUGAGAGCUGGGGGGUCGAUACAGAUUACGUUGGAAGGGCACGUUUAG